GUCCUCAGCUUUCUUACAUCUGUCUGUCAAAAUGCCUCUCGGGCCCCCGUCAUCUGCGGUAUUCAUCCAAAACACUGCGCCUGGCUUCAUAUCUACGCCAGGACGCCCUCCUACGUCCGUUACGGUCCACCCCGUAGCCCUCUUCUCGAUCUUGGACCACUACCUCCGCAGAACAGAUGCGCAAGAACGCGUGAUUGGGACCCUGUUAGGAACGCGCUCGGAUAACGGCGAGGUGGAGGUUCGCUCCGCGUUUGCCGUUCUCCAUAGCGAGACGGAGGUGCAGGUUGCAGUGGACAUGGAGUACCACCGCACGAUGUACGAUCUCCAUCACAAGGUUAACCCGAAGGAGGUCAUUGUAGGAUGGUACUCGACCGGGUCAAACCUGAACACCUACUCUGCCCUCAUCCAAAACUUCUACUCCCAAGAAACAGCACCACACCAAGCAAUCCACCUAGCGUUGAACACUGGUGUCGAGGAGGGCCAGAAGGCAGGUGUCCAGGCAUAUGUCGGAUCACCAGUGGGUGUGAACCCUAAACCCGAAAACUGCGUAUUCGUACCUAUCCCUUGUGAAUUGAGGUUCAACGAUGCCGAGCGCAGUGGCCUUGACCUCCUUACCUCUAACCUCUCCGACUCUGUCAACGCUACCUUCACCAACCCCUCUAGCGACCUCGAGCUGCUCGAGCGCUCUCUCGUCUCCGUAUACGAGAUGCUCGACCGCGUCCUUUCCUAUGUCCAGUCCGUCCUCUCCGGUGAGGUCAAGGGCGACGCCGCAAUCGGCCGCUACCUCAUGGACGCGCUCGGGCCCAGCACCGAGGAUCUCGAAAGGGGAGAGUUCAACUCCCACCUCCAGGAUACCCUCACUGUAUCGUACUUGGCGAACCUCGUACGGUCACAAGCGGAGGUGUCGGCGCGCCUGGCCCUAGUCAAGGCAUCGUAGUCGUCGGGGCAAGUUCUUGUUGUAUCCUCUACUGCGGGUAUGUAGUAUGUGCCGAGAGUGUAUCCAUAGCGGACGCGCGCGUGUAUACUGCCUAGCUGUUGAAAAUGCGCGAAUGCUGCAGAUCGUGGCGGGCCGUAAGGAUUUCGCCCAGCGGCCAGGUCAUCGUGGGUCCGCGGAUCGCGUCGUCGUCGAGACCAUCUUGCUCUGCGUUUUGGGACGAAGCUAGGAGGCCUGUCGUGAGGUCUUUACAGCGGGACAUCUCCGCGUCUACGAGUGGACGAACGGUGUGCAGGAGCAAUUGCUGGGCUCCGUACGGGCCAAUCGUGUUCAGACGAACAGACGAGGAGAGCAGGCUGCGGGACUGCAAGAACAUAUGCAGAUACUGGCUUCGUUCAGGAGAUAACCGCAAGGUCGCGGUAAGGACGCCCCAGCAGAUCGGAAGGUGCCCAUGCGUUUCCUCUCUCCGAACAAGGAGCUUCAGGCGAUCCACUAGGGUUGUAGCGCGGGUCUCCAAGUCAAGGAGGCCAGAGUCGCUAGACACGCUCAGAUGCCGUGAUAGUCGCGGUUUCGAGAAACCCUUCGAGAAGAGGGUUAAGAGCGCGACCCCUUGCGAUUUCGAAGCACGACGGGUGAUAUGGUUGAGCGUCAUAGUUUCGUAAAGUUCGUCUAGCUCCCGGACGCGACUCAGAACAGGGUCAAGGUCGCUUGCAGUAUGCUCAGUUUGAUCCUGUAGGUACUCCUCAAUGGUGCGAUGCGUAUCAAGAACAAACGGAAGCGCAGAGCGCGCAUAUGUCGAGAGGCUGUCGCGUAAGAAGUUUACAGUGUAGUCCAUCUUGUCCGGCCGCGAUGGGCUCGAUGCGGAG